UCAAUAUUUGACGUGUGUUAGCAAAAUGGAAUGUGUUUAUUAUUGAUAGUUUAUAAGUGGAUCAAGACAAGAAGACAUUCAUUCUGAUAAAACAAUGCUUUAGACUCUGUAUUUUCAAUUAUGAGUACGAGCGGUAAACUAAUUUCGGUUGCUAUAGACUUUGGAACGACUUUCUCUGGAUACGCUUAUUCUACGAAGGGGGAUUUUAAACAGGAUCCAGCCAAGGUUUUUGCUGCUAACUGGAGUGAUGGACAGGGUUUGAUAACAACAAAGGCACCAACAGCUGUCCUCUUUAGACCAGAUGGAAGUCUUUCUAAGUUUGGAUAUGAUGCCGAAACAGAGUAUGCCUCGCUUGUGGGAGAUAAUGCACAGGAAGGCUGGUCAUAUUUUAGACGUUUUAAAAUGUUACUGUUCCAUAAGAAAGUUACGACCACAACAACAUUUCGUGACGAAAAUGGAAGCUCAAUGAAUGCGUUAAAAGUCGUUUCGGCCGUCAUCAGAUAUUUUAAGGACAAAUUUCUAGAUGACAUACAAAAUAAAAUAAAGGCAAUAACUUUGGAUGACAUUAACUGGGUAUUGACCGUUCCCGCCAUAUGGGAUGACAACGCCAAGGAAUUCAUGGCCAUGGCUGCAGAAGAGGCAGGUAUACCAGAGAAUCGUUUGAUUCUGGUGUAUGAACCAGAGGCGGCAGCUCUGUUUUGCAAGCAUACACCUUUCUCCAAAGAAGCGCUGACAGGGAAAGAAGAAAGUAUAUUCUCCGAAGGAUCUAAGUUUAUGAUCAUAGACUUAGGAGGUGGCACAAUAGAUAUAACUUCACACGAAGUUAACUGCGACGGACGACUAGAUGCCUUAGUUGAGCCUUCGGGUGGUCCAUGGGGAGGAGUAUUAGUAGAUGCAAAAUGGUAUAACUUACUUGAAGAGCUGUUUGGAUCUGAUGUAGUAAACGAAUUUUGUGAAGACUUUACAGACAAACUUGACUUGGAUCGUGUUAUUGAAGUUAAAAAAAGAGUCAUUCGACCAUCGGAGACAGAAUUCACCAGAGUGAAAUUUCCAACACUUUUAUUUGAGAUUUUCGCUGAGAAGAACGGAAAUAUGUCUUUUCAGCAGAAACUGAACAACAGUAAAUUUGAAAACAAAGUUAAAUACAAGAGAGGAAGUUUGGAGAUCCUAAACAAAUUGCUCCAGGAAACAUUUUGUGAUUCGGUAUCAAAUAUGACAGCUCAUGUUCAAAGGGAACUUUCACGGGAAGAGUUAAAGGAUAUAAAGACAUUGAUUCUAGUUGGUGGCUUUUCAGAGUCGGAAUUAGUAAGAAAUUCAAUCAAGGCAAGUUUUCCAGGAUACACAUUGCUAAUGCCCCAAGAGGCAUCUGCAUCAGUUUUGAAAGGAGCUGUUAUAUUUGGUCAUUGCAAAGACUUCAUCAAGUCGCAUAAGUUGCCGUAUUCUUAUGGUGUUAGCACCACUGUUCCUUUUGACGUGAAUAUCCAUAAAGAAGUUUUUAAGACUGUAAUGAAGAACGGCAGUUUGAUGUGUAAUGACAUAUUUCAUCCUUUGGUCAGAAAAGGGGAGAAGAUUGUUGUGGAAGAAACAACACGCGAGGAGUUAUUCCGAUCCCCUAAGCCAGGAAUGCUUCAUGUAGAGGUUGACAUAUACAAAAUUCCACAAGAUGUUACACCCGGAAGUGUCCUUUACACAAUAGACUGUAAACGAGUAUGCACACUUAACCUGGCUGUUGAAAACAUACAAUGUGAUGAGAAAGCAACGGUUAUCGUCCAGAUGCAGUUUGGUGGUACAAGGAUUGAAUUUUCUGCAAAAGAAUUCGGAACGGACAAUUCAGUGAGCUGUAAGCCAAGGUGGUUCCCAUAAGAGAUUAUUUCAUGAAGAAAAUGUAGCGUUGUGUCUAUUGAAAACAGUUUUAUGAGCAAUAUUAAACUAUAAAAUAUCGGAAUUAAAGUGCAUUGCUGCAUGUUUAUAGUACAGUCUACCAUUGCUCAAUAGGCAAAUCAAAUUUAUAACAUAACUAACGGCGCAGGAGUGAUAUAACCCCAUGCAAUAAUUGUCAUAUAUAACUAGUGUAAUAACUAUGCAAAUUAGUUUACCGCAUCUCAGAAAAAAUAUAUUUAUACGCGCCGUCAAAACAUGUAAACAAAUAUUAAAAACCAUGUUUCAAAGAAAUCAUAUCGGUGUCAACAAACUCAGCUCCACGAUCAAACGAAUGGUGAAAAGGGCUGGGCUUAAUCCAAACAAACACCUCCCUUAUCACAGUGCCAGAAAAUAUCUCGUCCUGAAAUUGAAUGACAACAAGGUUCCUGCGAACCAGAUUAUUCAAACAUCGAUACAAAAGAACAUUGCUUCUAUACACAAAUAUAGCCACAUAAAUCCAAAUCAACACAAGGUAACUAUAGCUACAUAUAUCCAAAUCAACACAAGAAAAUGUCCAGCAUCCUGUUCUCCAGUUAAAUUACCCUGUCUACUUCCUUGCAAAAUGCUCAUUCUAUGCAGUUCGCCAGCAAUGCUCAAGUUCACAAACAGUCACAGUCACAGAUUCCACAUCUAAUCACACUAUACUGGUGGAUUAUACAACAUUUAUGGUACUCCAAUUCACGGAGGAUAUGUCCUUGUGUACAUCCAUCAAAAUGUCAAAAAUCCAUGCGGUAAUCGACCAGCUACAAAGCGAAUUCGCACUACUGUAAUCGACCGUGACGCUGACUUAUGUUUUUUUUAAAUUGCAACCGCCAAAUGACAUGAACACACGCGUAAUUACUAAUGACGUCACGCAGUUAUGACAUUGCUCUUAUUAUUGAUUUGCUUUAUUUAAAUAUGCCCUUUUUGCUGUUUUUAAGUAAAACGUUUAAAGUCGGUUGUUGAUUGAGACAUGAUUUAUGAUUUUUAUUGUUGAUUAAAUGUAAAUAUGUAAGCCAAAAACUGUCCCCAUCCAAUACACCAAAUCAAAUUGA